GAUGGAUCGAAGUGGGGUGGAACGAUCAUAGUAGAAGCUGAAGAAGAGUCUCAGCGAACGGAUAGAAUCGUACGUACCUUCAUCGUGGCUGCAGUGGUGGAUCUUUCACUCUGGUGCGCACGUUAACAGAUUACGACAGAUAGCAACCGUACGUGCAGCAAUUCGUUUGUCGACAAGAGUUCAACGAAAGGUACACGUAGCACCGACGAACGAGCGAAUUUUUAACCGAAAAGAAAAACGAACUGAAAGGAAAAAUGGUGUACGAGAGCGACUUCUAUACAACCCGACGACCCUACUCACGGCCUCUCGUUUCGUCCUACAGCAUCACGGACCGGCCGAUUACCUUACCGAUCUCCACGAUUCUUCAGUUGAGAAGCAUUCCUCGCAUGCCAUACGUGGCUCAUAAACGGCUCGUGACUGUAAUCCACCUGCCGUACCAUACCGUGUACCAUGGCGGCAGUCUGGUACCGAUAAGAGUUCAUGCGCGCGUACGUCCCAGCGUCCUUGCAGCUGAGAUCAACAGGAUACGCAACCUGACAAGACCUUCGACCGAAUCCUACACGGAAAAGUAUCUUCGAUCCAAGGAUCACAUCUACUUCGACGACGAGGCGAGGGAAAUACGUGCGAGAGUGGAUUCUCUUCUUCGACGAGUUCACGUCUUCAUUCCACGAGCCGUAGCAAGCGACUUCGCGGAAGAGAUAAUACCAGAACGUAUGGGCAGCGGGGAUUACGUCCGUCGACUAAUCUCUGGAAAGCACAACGCGAAGAAAGACACGAUAGAGCCGAUUUCCUGGUAUGAUGUACCCGAUCGAGGUAACUUCGGUAAUCUGGCUUGCGUUAAAUAUGUCGCCGGCAAGCCACAAUCGGUCAGGAAACCCUACUUCAAGGUUGCUGAUUUACGUCCUUCGGACGUCAAAAACGAUGUCAAUUUUCUGAGUUACUACAGCAAGAACCGCGAAGCGGCGGCUAACGCCUCGCCAGAUGUGCCGAUGACGGAAAGAGAAUUACGGAAGGCGCGAGCGUUGCAACCUGAUUUGGAUGAAUCAACGCUGAGGAAAGAAGUUAAAACAGAUAAAGAAACGGAAUCAAAGCCAGAAAAGAAACGUGGAUUUAAGCGAGGAAAAGCGGAAACGAAGGGAACGGAGGACGAAGCAACCAAAGCUUCGACAUUACAAUCUAUAAGGGAGCCAGAACCGGUAAAUGAACCUCAAUCUAAACCGGAAACUAUAAAAGAGGCUGAAAUUGCAUCAGAAAUUGCAAAACAACCCGAACCCUUGCAAGAAUCCGAACUCAGCAAACAACCUGAACCUGUAAAAGCACCUAAAUCCGCGAAAAAAGUCAAACCUAUGAAAGAGCCGGAACCUGUGAAAGAAGCGAAACCUUCGAAGGAACCUGAACCUGCGAAAGAACCGGAACUUGCGAAGCAAACGGAACUUGCGAAGGAUCUGGAACCUGCCAAGGAACCGGAGCCUGUGAAGGAACCAGAGCCUGUGAAGGAACCGGAGUCUGUGGAGGAACCGGAACCUGUGAAGGAAGCGGAACUUGCGAAAGAAGUAGAACCUGCGGAGCAAGCAGAACCCGUGAAACAAUCAGAACCGGAAUUGGAAGCUAUAAAAGAGCCCGUGAAGGAAUCCGAAUCCACGAAGGAAGUGGAAUCUGUGAAGGAACCUGAGCCACUUCGAGAACCUGCGAUAUCGUUAGAACCGGAAUUAAACUCGGUAAAUCUAGCGGAAUCUGAACAGGGAUCGCAAGCAGUUACGGAAGCCCUGCAAGAGUCAGAAUCAGAAGCAGUUCAAGGGCCACAACCGACAUCCGAGCUAGAAACCAAUCAAGAAUCUAUGCCGAAAGCAAGUUCAGAACCUCAAAUUACAGAAGGUGUAAGUGAGUCGGACGAAACAGACGAAAAGAAGGCGACAAAUAAAAUUGUGAAACAUGACAAGGAAGAGGCGGUUAAAAGAAUAGAGCAAUACCUGAUUAAAGCUGUUGAGGAGGCAAGGACUGAGGAAGAAAAGAAACAGGCUGCCGAGGAAGAAAUAGUAAAACUCGAAGCGGAUGAGGUGAAAGCAUGGGAAGCAUUACAGGUAGCGCAGGAACGUUUGGCGCAUCUUGACGAAAUUGUGGAACAAGAAAAAGCCGAAGCUGAAAGAAAAGUCGAGGAGGCGAAAAUCGAGGCUAGUCGAUUGGAAACCGAAAGAAUACUUGAGGAAGAAAGGAAAAUAGCAGAAGCUAAAACAAUGGCUACGUUGAAGGAACAGGAGCGAAUGAUCAUAGAGGAAGAACUCGAGAAGGCUCGUGACCAAGAGGAAACAGAGAUAAGGUUAGCGAAUGUUACGUUCGACGAUCCAGAUGAAGUGAAAGACAUCGAACAUUAUCACGACGAUGUGAUAACCAGCGAUAUCACUGAUCAGGAAAGGGAAGAAAGGCUCUGUGAUCCAGUUACAGAUGACGAUACGAGGGUCGAAGAUGAUGUGCAAGAAGAAGAACGGUUUGAGAUGGCACAAGAUCCUUUCGUCGAGGAACCAGAAGGAGCGGAAAGCAAACCUGUAACCGGUGGGAAUGCCGUCGAAGAAUCGCCAAACAUCGAAGAAGUAACGUCUGGUGGAGAAGAGAGUUUCGAAUGGGCCGAAGAAGAUGCUUAAAAAUUUCUCAGAAAUUGCGUCUCCUCCUUACAAACAUUAGGUACAUGCUAUCAUUGUCGCGUUCCGAGUAUUACCAUUGCAUCUCAUUAAAUCGCGUAUAAGAAUAGGAUGAACAUUUGUCAAUUUCGAGUAUCGUCAAACGUCGUUCAAUUUAAAUCGUUUUGAGUCUUUUUUUCUCCUUUAUCAGCUUCAAACUAUCUGCAUGUAUUGUUAAUGCGUACUUCAUGGUUAAAUAUCAUAUGAAAAUGAUCCUCUCAAUGAACUGUACAUUACUAUAUUUAUUUAACAUUACGUCCAUCAUCAAGCGAUUUUAUAUUAUAUUCUUACACGUAGAUCUAAUUGUAUAGAUCACAAAUACAGCUAUGCAAAUAGAGCGGCAGAGAUACGAGAAAGAAAAAGGAAAAGCAAAGGAACGAGGAAACGAAAAAGAAAAGGAAAAAGGAAAUGAUUAUUUAUUUCCCAGGCGAAGAAAUUGCUUAGUGAAUGUUCCAAUUAUAUAGAGUAUAGAGACUAUUGUAUAAUAUCGUCGUAUUUAUUUCCUGUAAUUUAUCUUCCUGUAUACGCUUAUUCUAACAUUUCACUUAAUCGAUAUCAGAGAAUGCUUUCCUAGGUCUUACGUAACGUAUAAAUAAUGUAUACUACAAUUGCGAAUGAAAACGAGUAUGUAAGAAAUUAUUAACUUCAUAUCGGUUAUGCUGAAAAUGGAAAGUCGGCAGAAUUUUAUAAUAACUAUGCAAAAUUAAAUAAUUAAAUAAUUAUGCAAAAUAUUACCGCGAUGUUUUGAAUGGUAGCCUUGUUAGCGUGUUUUUUUACGAAGAAAACCAAAAGUAUGUGGUGAACAACAUAUAUAUAUAUCUAUCAAUUGUCACGGUGUUCCUACACUUUAUUCGCACAGUGCUUUUCGUAUUUCUAGCACGCUCUGUAUAUUCACAUAAUAUUUAUUUCGAUUACACCUCUAUAGCAAUAAAAAUUAACAAAUGAGUA